UUUUUAUCUGUAUAACGUAGAGUGAUUUUGGUUGGUUUUGGUUCGUUCUGUUCUUCAACAGUGGAUUGAAAAAUUUAUUUAUCAGAAUGCUUCCGUCGACAGGGUAUUUUAAGGGAUACAACUGUCCUUUUUAUGAUAAUGGUUUAUGUGAAAGACCUUAUUGCCAUUUUCGGCAUGUUAAAAAAGAAUCUCAGAGUACUUCAAGUGAUGGAAUCGAAAGUGGAGCGAUAUUACAAAAGCUAGUGUCGGCAGCGGUGCAAAAGGUUCUUCAACAGAAAGAGACCUCGGCAACAACGACCACAAGUCAGCCAGAGAGUAGUACAGCUGGUGCAGUGCUAGGUGUAGCCAAAGCAACAUAUAACCCCACGCCAAUAGCCGAGUUAAAUAAGAUUAAUAAUCCUGAUAUAGAAGAAACUACUGAAGAUGUUGUUGAACAAAGAAAAAGACACAUACCAGUUCCAUAUACACCGAGGAAACCUGCAGGCCUUCCUAUACAAAGACCCAUUGAAACAAAUGGUUCCUCUAAACCUUUUAUUUACAUUCCUCCCCCAGUGAAAUAUACUCCAGGAAGCACUGAGAACGUGCAGUGUGAUAAAUAUACGCCGACAGGGUCGACUGUAUCCACUGAAAAAUAUUUACCAGGUUCUGAGACAGAAUUACAAGAAUAUAAUCCUAAUGAAGGCUCCAACAACUCUAGUAAGCGUAAUUAUGUUCCUUCUGACAAGAACACGAGUAAGAAGAAAAUACUAGAAUAUAAACCAGCCAAAGUAAGCACUAAGAGUGAAAUUCCGACAGUUACCUAUCAACCAACACCGAGGUCACUUGCACCUUGUUUUUCCAGUGAUGAGGACGAACCCGACACAAAAAAAAUAAAAAUGUCUUCUGACCUUAACGGAUUAGAUGAUUUGGGGCCAGAAUUUGAUAUCUUAGAUCAAAUAUUACAUGAGGAAAAGUCUGACCAGGAUAAAGUAAGAAAAAAUAGCUUGAGUAGUGACACAAAGAAGACUAAUGUUAAAAAUGAUAUUGAUAAUAACCAAGAAAGUAAAAAGUCAGUUGAAAAAAGAAGUUCAGAGAAAAACCAUUCAGAUAAAAAUCAUAAUAGUAGUAAGUCACAUCACAAAAGCUCCUCCGAUAAGAAAGAUAAACAAAAAUCUGAUGAGAAAAGUAAAAAAGAAGACAAACUAAAAGAUUCUGAACGCAAAUCAAGACAUAAAAGUUCAAGCAAAGAUAAAGAAAAGGAGAAAAAAGAUAAACAUUCAUCAGACAAAAAACACCAUUCCAGUUCUAAAAGUUCAGAUAGUAGUAGUUCAAAACAUAGUUCUUCUAAAAAGCAUGACACCAAGAAACAUAGCUCUAAUUCUAAACAUAAGUCUAAAACAAAAGAUAAGAGUGACCAUAAGUCCAGCAGAAGCUCUAAGGAAUCCAAGAGUGAACACAAGAGUAGCAAGCAUAGUGACAGUAAUAACAUGUCUGAUAAUGAUGAUUUCAAUCCUGGGGAGGAACUACUUGAUGAGGAGUUUGAUAUGGAGUCUGAUGAAGAGGCAAUAGCAUUAGAAUGUAAAAAAAUAUUUGAUGAAUAUGUUCCCAUAGAAAAGCCUAAAAUUAUAGAAGAUACACCUAAGAUAGAGGACACAAAUGAAGAAGAAACUAUCAUAGGAAAGAAGAGAAUAUCUAGAGCACCAGAUAAAGCUAUAAAAGUGACACCCAAACCACCUGUCAAACCAGAUUUUAAAGUCAGCGCAGCUCAAGCCAUGGCACAGAGAUUAGCUAAGGUUCGAGAAUUUCAUAGUGCAAAAAAUUCAAGUAUCUCUUCAAAUAGUGAAAAUACACAAACUAAAAGCAAUUACACACCCCCAGCUACUGGAAACACCAAAAUCCGCAUUGCUCAUGUGCCAUAUGCUUCCACUUUAUUAAAUGCUAAGAAAGUUAUACCACCCAGUCCAAUGGCUAGAACUGAGCCAUCAACUAGUUGUACUAUCACUCAAACUGUUAAAAAAGGAGUUCAAAGAGUUGCUCAUGUACCAAAUGAAAAGUUCAUUGACAGACCGGGGGUUUUAGAACCUCUUGGAUCUAAAAUUGCUGCAAAUAUAAGAUCCACAUAUUUAAACAUGAUGAUAGAUGAAUGUUUAAAACUGUAUCUUUCAGCACAUGAUGCUUACGCUAGAGCUCAGCAUGAGGAAUUAACCACUAGUAAAAAAUGUUCAACUGUACAAAUAUAUAAGAAUUCUGCAGUAUUAGCAGUUAGUCGCUUAAGGAAAGAAUUGCAAGAAUGCAAAGGUGUAAAGAAAUCUGCAUCAGAUUGCUUAACAUUACAAAAAAUGCCUGGAUCUACUCCUGGUAAACCAGCAGGCUCAUGGAGCAUAGAAAGCAAGAAUAGAAAAAAUGCAGACACUUCAAAGGAGUUCAUAGGUGCAAAGUUGUAUAAUAAUAUAGUAAAGUGGGUUUUGACUGAAGAACAACUAAAACAAAAUGGUUUUCCCAGGCCUCAUGAGAGUGGGCAAAAGGGUAGGGCGAUAAUUUAUGGCCAAAAUAAACAGAAACCACCCAAGGGCUUCUUUAGAACUUGUUGUAGAUGUAAGAAAGAUUAUAUGGUGGAUAAGCAUGGUUUCCCAGCAUCUAAGGAGGAAUGUAUUUACCAUCCUAACAAUAAAUACAGGGUUCGAGGUGAAGCCAGAUAUCAAUGUUGCAGCCAAGAUGGUACAUCUGAUGGAUGUUGCAUAGCUCCCAGUCAUGUUUAUGAAUAUGUUGAUUUUGAGAAUUUGAAAGGCUUUGUCAAGACCCUACCUCCAGAAACUGCCAUGGAUGAUUAUGGUAUUUAUGCUUUAGAUUGUGAAAUGUGUUAUACCACACAUGGUUUAGAUUUGACCAGAGUUACAGUGAUCAAUUCUGAGUGUAAAGUUAUUUAUGAAACACUUAUUAGACCAUUACAUCCUAUUAUAGAUUAUAACACUAGGUAUUCUGGAAUAACUGAAGACCAAAUGGUUGGAGUCACUACUACACUAUUGGACGUCCAAGCCACACUACUCACAAUGUUCAAUAGUAAAACCAUAUUGAUAGGUCACAGUUUAGAAUCAGAUUUUAAAGUACUUAAAUUAAUUCACGAUACUGUGAUUGAUACCAGUGUUUUGUAUCCACAUAAAAUGGGGCCUCCAUAUAAGCGAGCUCUACGAAACUUGUCAUCUGAAUAUUUGAAAAAAAUAAUACAGAAUUCAGUUGAUGGUCACGACAGUGCUGAAGAUGCAACUGUCUGUAUGGAAUUAAUACAUUAUAAAUUAAAAGAAGAUCUUAAAACAAGAUGAUUAAUAAUUUGUGAACUAGAGCUUUGUUCUUAUAUUAUUAAAUUUAUUUAUAUUGAAUAAUAAUUUAAUUAAAAGCAGUUCUGCUUUCUAUAAAUGAUGGGAAAAAAUCCCAGUUGAAAUCUUGCAGUAAAUGUAGUUUAUUGCUGUUAUUUAUAAAUAUAACAUACCUAUCAUUAAAAAGGUUGUUGGAAUUAAUUUGAUGUUAUUGCAAUAACGGUAAUAGUAUAUUAAGAUAUACUUUUGUAAGAAUUCACAUUUCAUAUAAACUAUUUUUCUUA